ACCAAUCAUAAUGGAGGGGGUUUGUUCUUUAUCUUCCAUGAAAAUAGGCGGGGUUUGAGUUUGGGAAAAUUCAGGGAAUAGUGAAACAGGGAGUCUUGGGGGUGAGUUUUGCUAUUGUUAAAUGAAACUAUUUAGGAGAUGAAAAUCGUCUUUCAAGUGUGAUGCUGGAAAGCCCGAGGCUGAUGUUGUUAAGAGCGGUUAAGAUCUAAUCCAUGCCUUCUUUUUGGACUGAGAAGCCACACACAUACACACGAUCAGUCGUCGUGUGUCCGCUGGAGGAAAGCACAAACUUUUGAAGGCACUGCGUCUGAUACUGCUGAUCGUGUGUGAGUGAACGGUGGGAUGAAACUCGUCGUUUUUGAUUCAUUUCCCGCUUGCUGUUGGAUUCGAAUGUGGACACAUUGUACAUAGGAAGCCACCACAGGCAGCUCCCGAGUAAUAAUGCGGCGUGAUUGAUCAUCUUUAGGAGACAAAAACCAUUUUACUGACUGCUUUCCAUUCCAGCAUACUCAUCCUUGGAUAUCUGUAGACGAAGGACCUUUUGUUCUGCUGUGUUUCUCGCUUUUGAACAGGACUUAUUUCAUUUAGAUCGACAUGACGUCUCCGGCAAAAUUCCGAAAGGACAAGGAGAUUAUAGCCGAAUAUGAAACGCAUGUUAAAGAGAUUCGAGCUCAGCUGGUGGAGCAGCUGAAGUGUUUGGACCAGCAAUGUGAGCUCCGUGUGCAGCUCCUGCAGGACCUGCAGGACUUCUUCCGCAAGAAGGCCGAAAUCGAGAUGGACUACUCGCGCAACCUCGAGAAACUGUCUGAGAGGUUUUUGGCCAAGACACGCUACACAAAGGACCCUCAGUUCAAGAAAGAACAGAACGUCUUGUCUCCGGUCAACUGCUGGAAUCUUCUGUUGGCUCAGGUGAAGAGAGAGAGUCGAGACCACGCCACUCUGAGCGAUCUCUACCUCAACAACAUCAUACCACGCUUCGCCCAGAUCAGCGAGGACUCAGGGCGCCUCUUCAAGAAGAGCAAAGAGGUGGGCAUCCAGUUGCAGGAGGACAUGAUGAAGGUCCUCAAUGAGCUGUACACGGUGAUGAAGACCUAUCACAUGUACAACAUGGACAGCAUCAAUGCGGAGACCAAACUGAAGGACGCAGAAAAACAGGAGGAGAAGCAGAUGAGCCGCAACGUCCGGCACGAGGACAGACAGACCCCUCGCUCACCUGACUCCAUAACCAACAUCAAGAUGGAGGAGAAACAUGUGCGCCGCAGCUCUGUCAAGAAGAUCGAGAAGAUGAAGGAGAAGCGACAGGCCAAGUACACUGAGAACAAGCUGAAAGCCAUCAAGGCCAGGAAUGAGUAUCUUCUGGCUCUGGAGGCCACCAACAGUUGUGUCUUCAAAUACUACAUCCACGAUUUGUCCGACCUCAUAGAUUGCUGUGACCUGGGCUACCAUGCCAGCUUAAACCGUGCACUGCGUACCUACCUCUCAGCCGAGUUUAACGUGGAGACUUCCAAACAUGGCGGCCUGGAGACUAUUGAGAAUGCUGCGGAGAACCUGGAGGCCAACGCCGACAAACAGAAGCUCAUGGAAACCUACAACAACGUCUUCUGCCCUCCGAUGCGCUUCGAUUUCCAGUCUCACAUGGGAGAUAUGGUGGGACACAUGUGUGCCCAGCAGCCCGUGCAGGUAGAGCUGAUCCAGAGAUGCCAACAGCUACAGUCCAGAUUGUCCACACUGACAAUAGAGAAUGAAGAGGUAAAAAAGACCAUGGAGGCCACUCUACAAACCAUCCAGGACAUGGUGAACAUUGAGGACUUCGAUGUGACCGACUGCUUUCACCACAGUAACUCAAUGGAGUCGGUCAAGUCCACCGUAUCUGAAUCUUUCAUGAGCAAACCCAGCCUGGCCAAGAGACGAGCCAAUCAGCAGGAGACCGAGCAGUUUUACUUCACGAAACUGAAGGAGUUUCUUGAAGGCAGGAACCUUAUCACCAAGCUACAGGCUAAACAUGAUCUGAUCCAGAAGACUCUAGGAGAAAGUCAGAAGACUGACUACUGUCUUGCCAGCGGUCGGAGGGACUCUAGUGUGCGGAAACAGGAGUCCAGCCAAAUCAUUCCCCUCAUGGUGGAGAGUUGUAUUCGCUUCAUCAGUCGACACGGUCUCCAUCACGAGGGAAUAUUUAGGGUAUCUGGCUCCCAGGUGGAAGUCAAUGAUAUAAAAAACGCCUUUGAGAGAGGUGAGGACCCGCUGGCUGGGGAUCAGAAUGACCAUGAAAUGGACUCUAUCGCUGGAGUUUUAAAGCUCUAUUUCAGAGGCCUGGAGCACGCCCUCUUUCCUAAGGAAGUCUUCCAUGAUCUCAUGUCCUGUGUCUCCAUGGAGAACCUUCAGGACAGAGCUGUCCACAUCCGGAAAGUCCUGCUGUCGCUACCCACCAACACCCUGGUUAUCAUGAGAUACUUGUUCGCUUUCCUCAACCAUCUGUCACAGUACAGUGAUGAUAACAUGAUGGACCCCUACAACCUGGCCAUCUGUUUCGGCCCCACACUCAUGUCUGUACCCGAAGGCCACGACCAAGUGUCUUGCCAGGCACAUGUGAACGAGCUCAUCAAAACCAUCAUUAUCCAUCAUGAAAGUAUUUUCCCUGGGCCCCGUGACCUGGAGGGACCCAUCUACGAGCGCGUAGGAGCCACUGAAGAAUACUGUGAUAUUCCACACAUUGAGCCCCCUCUAGUGGAUGAACCUGCACCUGACACCCCAUCUGAAAUAAACAACAGUGACGAUGUAAAGUCAGGGACAUUGAACGUUUCAGACUCUGACCCCAUCGAGGCCAUCGCACGUUUCGACUACUCCGGACGCACCAACCGUGAGCUGUCCUUUAAGAAGGGAGCAUCUCUGCUGCUGUAUCACAGAGCGUCUGAGGACUGGUGGGAGGGGCGCCAUAACGGCACAGAAGGACUGGUGCCGCACCAGUACAUAGUUGUGCAGGAAAUGCCGGAUGGGUUUCCAGGCAGAGGAAGUCCCAAAGGAGACGUGGAAGCAUCCAACGAUGCCGCAGAAGAAAAGGUGUCCACCAGAGCCAGUGCUAGCUCACCCAUUGGAGGCCAUGUGGCUGAUAUCUACCUAGCCAACCUCAACAAGUUGAGGAAACGUCCAGAAGCAGCCAGCGUCCGUCGGACGUUCCGUACGGUGGAUGGUUUGGGAGAGGGCUCUUCUGGAGCAGCGGGUGGUUUGAAGACCUCCUCCAUCCCUGCAGGCGGACCGUCCAAAGAGGUGACAGACAAGCGCCCGGUCAGCGCUCACAGCGUCCUGAACUCCAUCACCCGGCACUCAUCUCUGAAGACUAAAGUAGAUGGGCCUCAGCUCCGUAAAACUGCACCUGCAGGACGAUCCAAGAGUUUCAGCAACCACAGACCAACUGUAGACCCAGAGGUUAUAGCUCAGGUGGAGCACAGCUCACAGGACAUUGAGGCCACCAUGAACACGGCUAUAAGCGAGCUGCGAGAGCUGGAAAGACAGAGCAACGUCAAACACACUCCUGAUGUCGUGCUCGACACUUUGGAGCAGUUGAAGAGCGGCGGGGCGUCUGAACCAUCCAGUCCGCUUCACUCUCGUCUGCUCCGUGACACCGAUUCCUCCCAACAUCCUCUACAGCGCAGCGCCAGCUCGGCCAGCGACAUGCCCUCCACCUUUCGGCCCAGCAGGAGCAGCGGAUCCAAGAGCCCAUUGUCCAUGUCGGCCUCGGGUCUCUCUCCUUCCGGUUCCACUUUUAGAGAUGUCAAGCCCCCUGCCACUAAGCCCAAGCCUGUAGUCUUCCCGAAGAGCGGAUCUGGGGGGGGUAGUCCGGCGAUGGGUUCCCCGACUACCACCAUACCUCCGACUCCGCCGCCCCCUCCACCACCCACCGACAAGUCCUGCCCGGUCUAAAAGGUUUAUAACAUCCACCCUGAGCCACGUUUGCUUUCUUAGUAAUUACAAAAAGACGACUUUUUUCUGGAUCUUUUCUGGAGAAUUCUUGUGCGAUUGAGCAACAUAUAGUGUGUGUGGAACUGAUAUGCACAUGUGUUUUAGUUUGGAUUGAGACAUCACCAAUAACUAUUUUCUAAUCUUGAGUUUUUCCCCGUAUGCGUAGACUGACAAACUUUGAGGACGAGUGAGCAGUGUCAUUCCCUAAAAUUCCAGCAUGGACUGUUUAUUCCCAAUUAAACUCCUGGACAGAAAAGACUGAAAUUGCGAUUUGAAAUUGUAUGUGGUUUCUCGCACAUACACUCGUGGUUUAUCCGUCACUCUCGUGAUCGUAUCUCCUCAUUUGUCAGUUAAUAUCUCUCUAUUAAUACCAGCGUAAUUGAUCAGAUAUUUUAUGUGUAUAUUCUGUAUGUACAACAACCAUAAUGUUGUUCAACCAAUAAUUACUAUUUACAAUUCAUUGAUCACGGUAAUGCGCUGUAAUUCACAUUGGCGCAGAGCAGCUGGUAAAACGCUGGUUUUAAGUACAGUAGUUGCUAAGUAACAUAUAUGUACUGUAUGAAUGCUGUAGCCUAUACCACUGCUGAUCCUCUCUACACGAGGCUACAAAUACGAGGGUCAAUGCAAAUUGACGUUGCAUGGGCAACAUCUUUGCAUGAGACCUGCCAGCCUAAACCUGCAAGUUUUCAUGGAAAACUCACUAAUGCUUUCCCUGCAAACGGAGUCAAAAGCACUUCUCGAAAGCCUAACACGUCUUUGUAUCGUAGUUUUAUAUCAGUCAUCACAUAACUGUGCUAAAAUGGGGUGUCUUUUGUAUACGUUAAAUAAUCAUGAUUGUAACUGGAAAAAUGUCUAAAAUGAGGAAUGUCCUGUUAACCACACAAGCACAAAUUUAUUUGUUCAUUCCCUACAUAUAAAAAAUAAUAAAAAAGGAAAAAUCAAUUUUAUCGCAUUUUCUUAGGUCAUUUUCCAGCCCUGGGUCUGUAUCAUGGGUAAUAUGUAUCGGUAUGUAUGUUGUACGUAUGUAUAUUAUGAAUCUCAGCAGCAGAUUUUAAGCUUUUAAAAAAAAGGGAAAAACAUCAGAGGGUUUAAAUAUGGCUUGGCAUUCGGUAACCGGUCAUUCUUUUGUUUACUGUAACUGAGGAAAAGUGUUGAAAAAAGUAAUUUAGCCUCUUUAUGGUCUGACAAUCUAAUAAGUCCUUCACUGAGUGUCCAAGAGCUAAAUUUCUCCUUACACGGUCUGCCUGUUUAUGCCUUCAACAGAUCGGAUCUCCCUCAGUGAGGCCUUUAUGAGAUCUGAAAAAAUGAGCUGAGGUGGUUUGUGAAUCUGACUUCAGUAGCCUGCUUCAAUUUGAAGCGUUUCUUCAAUCUAUAAGCUCUGGUAUGUACAGUAUUACAUGCAUGGGUGACUGUGACUUUAUCCGGGAAAAUACCGACGGAUAGACCGAGCUGAGGCAUUUUUUUUUUGGUAUUUUAAUGAACGUCUUAAGGAAAUUUACCUGAUGUGUUAUUUUCUGAACUGUUUAAUGUGAUGUCGUGUUGCGUUCUGAAUAAAGUCUUAACUGGUGGUUACAUAUGUUCAUAUGUGUGUUAAAUGAUUGAAAGUAAUCUGUGUGUAUUGUUCCUGAUACCUCAUAAAGGCAACUGGAAACUGUUUUAUUGGAGAUUUUAUGUGAGUGGGACUUUAACAUGCAAAGUCUCUCUUUCUUUUUUUACAAAAAAUAAAAUGCUGUUGGCGGAUGCCUCUGUUUACACGCAUUUUUUUUUUUUUUAAAUCAGUCACUUGAAUAUGUUUGUGAACAUAUUGAGGUUGAUUUUCUUUGUUUUGUAAUCAUGACUAUUGUUAAAAUGUAAUUCCUGUCAAGGUUAAGCAAGACUGUAAAUUGAAUUGUCUUGUCGAAUAUAUUUAUAGUUGUCAAUUUGGGUAUCUGGUAGCAGGAAAACCUGUGUUCAGAUGUACUUUGUAUAUAUAUAGUGUACAUUACAGAGGUACAUUCAUUUCCUUUUUUCUUUUCUUAUUUUGUUUGUGGGUUUUUGUUUGGUACAAUAUUGUACAGUUACAGCAAUAGUAGUUGCCACUCAAAUAUACAAUAUAUAAUUCCACGUGUAGUUCUUGUAGUAAACAUUUUUAAAUAAAAAUUGCUUGCAAUUCA